CCAGAAACCGUGCCAUCCUUAAAGCCGCAUCCCCCUGUUGUGGGCAAAGUGACUCAUCACAGCAUCGAACUGUACUGGGAUCUGGAAAAGAAAGAGAAACGGCAAGGACCUCAGGAGCAGUGGCCUAGGUUCUCCAUAGAAGAGGAAGACCCCAAGAUGCACAAUUAUGGUGUCAUUUACACGGGCUAUUCGACAAAGCAUGUGGUUGAAGGUCUAGAACCAAGGACACUGUACAGAUUCCGACUGAAGGUCACCAGCCCCUCUGGAGAAUAUGAGUAUAGCCCAGUCGUCUCGGUGGCUACAACCAGGGAGCCCAUAAGCAGCGAGCACUUCCAUCGCGCUGUUAACGUGAAUGAUGAAGAUCUCCUGCUUCGAAUCCUGGAAGGAGGCCAUGUAAAGGUGGAUGUGCCCAACAAGUUUGGCUUUACUGCCCUCAUGGUUGCUGCUCAGAAAGGCUAUACCAGGCUUGUGAAGAUCCUAGUUUCCAAUGGCACAGAUGUGAAUCUGAAGAACGGGAGUGGCAAGGACAGUCUCAUGCUUGCUUGCUACGCGGGCCACCUGGAUGUUGUGAAAUACCUCCGAAGACAUGGAGCGUCUUGGGAUGCCAGAGACCUUGGAGGCUGCACGGCUCUGCACUGGGCUGCAGAUGGAGGCCACUGCCCCGUCAUUGACUGGAUGAUAAAGGACGGCUGUGAGGUAGAUGUUGUGGACACUGGUUCAGGAUGGACGCCACUCAUGAGAGUCUCUGCUAUGACGGGAAGCCAGAAGGUCGCUUCGCUCCUCAUCGAGGCUGGGGCUGACGUGAACGUGAAGGAUAAAGAUGGAAAGACGCCUCUCAUGGUCGCUGUCUUAAAUAACCACGAACAGCUAGUCCAGUUACUUCUUGACAAAGGGGCAGAUGCAAGUGUGAAAAACGAGUUUGGCAAAGGUGUCCUAGAAAUGGCCAGAGUUUUUGACAGACAGAAUGUACUCUCCUUACUAGAAGAAAGGAAAAAAAAGAUGCCAAGGAAGUCCUCCGUCCACUGA